UAUUCCAUUCCGUAGUUAGUAGCAGCUGUGUGCAUAGUAUUAGGCUACUGCCUGUUGCUUGUCAUUUUUGUUUUGGCGAUCGAGUCAACAUUCUUGGCCAUCAUUUAAUAGACGUUUUAUUUCAAAGAACUGUGCGGUACGGUGUAGUGUUGUACACUUGUACAUUAUUCAAUUGAUGCCUAUUAUGAAUCCUAAUAAACCUAAUAAUCAAUUUUCUGGUGUUCCGGGAAAGAAAAAGCAGAAAAAAGGUCUUGAACAACGUAAUUCAAAUAUUAAUGUUGAGCAUAGUCAAGGACCAUUGAAUUCAGGACCAAAAGAUUUUCAACAAUUGUUACAAAAUAAGCCAAAUGCUAAACAGGAGUCAGUACAAAAACAAACUAAACCAAAAGAGGCAAAACAACAUCAAACCCAGAAAAAAAAUCAACUUGAAGAACAAAAUGAUCUUCCACAAACAUCUCAAAGUAAGCCAAAUACAAAACAACAGACCGCACAAAAACAAAAUAAACCAAAGGAGGCAAAUCAAAAACAAAACAAGAAAGGGAACAAAUUUGCAGAGAUUAAAUCAACUCAAAAACAAUCUGGAGGUAGUAUAGGCAAAAAUCUAUCUACAAUGCCGCAAUCAUCUCCAACACAAGGCAAUCAACAAAUUGAACAACAAAUUAGAAUGUUUAAAAGCCAAUUACUCAUUCCUAAAAGAAGAAAUCCUCAGACUGGAGGUUCUAUGGGACGUGUAACUGAGAUUGAAGUGAAUCAUUUACCUCUUAACCUUGACAAAUUGUUCAAUAAAACUGUCUACCACAUAGAUGUACAAUUUGAACCGGCUCAUCCAAAAACUCUUUUUAGAAUUGCUUUGGAAGAAUUUAAUAAUAAACAUUACCCAAAAAUUCAUUUUGCAUUUGAUGGAAGUAGGAAUAUGUAUACUACAAAAGAAAUAAAAGGGAGAACUGAUUUAAUUACGGUUUUAAAUGAUGAAAAUAAAGGAGCUGCUGAAUUUACUAUAAUUACUUCAGUUGUUAAUAUAAUUCCAAUGAAUAAAAUUCAAGAAUAUUUAAAAUCUGGAUCAUCCAAUAAUCCUCCAGGUGAAGCAUUUCAAGCAUUGGAUAUUAUACUAAAAAACCGACCAUUUUCAUUAAGAUUCUCUAAUAUUGGAAGAACAUUUUUCCCACUAUCACAUAGCACACCAGUUGAUUUAGGUGAAGGUUUAGAACUGUGGAAUGGAUUUUUUCAAAGCCCUGUUAUGGGUUGGAAACCUUAUCUUAAUAUUGAUGUUGUACAUAAAGGAUUUCCUAAGCAUCAGCCAUUAAUAUCCUACAUUACAAAUGAUUUGCGUUGUGAUCCCAAAACAGAAAUGGAUUCUCAGAAUAUCAACACAUUAUUAAAUUAUGUUAAAGGAUUAAAAGUUGAGUUUAUGGUUCCAAUGCAACCUAAUACAAAACGUUUGCAUAAAGUAGUUGGUAUUUUUGAUAGUGCUUCUAAAUUCACAUUUAAUAUGAAGGAUCCUGUUAAAGGCAAUCAAAUGGUUAAUGUAGUACAAUAUUUCAAGAUUGUACGAAACUAUAUUAUCAAGUAUCCAAAUUUACCUUGUUUACAUGUAGGCAACGUUAAUAAGAAAACUGCUAUUCCAAUUGAACUAUGCACUUUGCAAAUGGGACAAAUCCGUUUGAAAAAAUUAACUGAUACGCAAAUUGGAAUUAUGAUAAAGAAUACUGCCCGGCCUCCCACAGAACGAAGACAAGCUAUUGCAAAUUCUUUAAGAGAUAUUAAAUACAGCCAAGAUCCUGUAUUGAAAGAGUUUGGUGUUGAUAUUAAAGAGCAGUUUGUUUCAGUACCAGCAAGAGUCUUGGAUCAACCUUCCUUGGCAUAUGCUCAUAACACUGAAAUUAAACCAAAAGCUGGUAUUUGGAAAGUAGAUAAAUUUUCUAAACCUGUACAUAUUAAAAAUUGGGUAGUGUUGAAUCUAGACUAUCAAAUUAAUAUUAUAUCCAUAAGAAACUUUGAAAAAAUGUUGAUAACGACUGGUAAAGACUUGAAUGUUACUAUAAACUCAAUGAAUCCUGUGAUUAACUGUUUUUUACCAAGGAAUUUUAAUUUAGAUGAAUUUAAGGCCACGAUUGAGAGUAUUUUUACAAAAUUAAAAGCUUGUAAUACAGAGAUAAUUUUUGUUGUUAUUCCAGAAAUUCAAACAGGAGUUUAUGGUAUUAUUAAGCAAAAAUCAGAAUUGGAAGUUGGUGUUCUUACACAAUGUAUUAAAUCUAAUACUAUUUCUAAUAUGAAUAUACCAACAUAUUCCAAUCUUUUACUAAAAAUAAAUUCAAAAUUGAAUGGGACCAAUCACACUCUUUCUAACAAAAGCAGCCCACCUUGCAUGGUUGGUGCAAUUAUUUUUGGAGCUGAUGUGACACAUCCAACUUUAGAACAGACUUCUACUCCAUCAGUUGCUGCUGUAGCAGCAAGUCAUGAUAUUAGUGGAAUCCAAUAUAAUAUGGAAUGGCGCUUACAAGCUCCUAGAGUAGAAAUAAUUCAAGAUCUAGAAAACAUUAUUCAUUUACAGUUGAUUAAAUUUAAAGAUAAAACAAAAACCGUGCCAAAAAAAAUAUUUUAUUUUAGAGAUGGUGUAAGUGAAAGUCAAUUUCUGCAGUUGCUGGAAUAUGAAUUGAUUGCUAUACGUAGAGCUUGCCUUAGACUCCAUAUUAAAUACAAACCUCCAGUGACAUUUUUGGUCGUUCAGAAACGGCAUCACACUAGAAUGUUUCCCAAGUUUACCCAUGACAUGGAUGGAAAUUUUGGUAAUGUUAUUUCUGGCACAGUUGUAGACACUCAAAUUACACAUCCGACAGAACUGGAUUUUUAUUUAUGUAGCCAUUCUAGUAUUCAAGGCACAUCCAGACCAACCAAGUAUCAUCGUAUAUGGGAUGAAAAUUAUUUGACCGAAGAUCAGUUGGAACAACUGACAUUUUAUCUCUGUUUCAUGUUUGCACGUUGUACUCGUGCUAUUGCAUAUCCAGCGCCUACAUACUAUGCCCAUUUGGCUGCAUUUAGAGCUCGGGCUUAUCUUGAAAACAAAACCAUCAACCUCAAUCGUUUAGAUGAUGAACAAUCAAAAAAUAAGCUGAACCAUUUAUUCACAGUUAAUACACCAAUGUUUUUUGUUUAACAUUUUUUUUAAUCUCAAUUUUUCUUUUGAUAAUUAAUUAGUUUUUUAAGAACUAAAAUAUCUUUAUAUUUUACCUACCCAUAAAUACAGUAAGACUUGUUUUAGACUCUUUUCAAGGUGUUAAUUCUGUAGAGCACUAAUCCUGUGUGUUUAAAUUUCUGAAUAUACCCACGCUAUUUUCUAGUUUGUUUUCAUUAUUUAAAACUGAAGGUUUGCAAUUUUAAUCAUUAAAAUAUCUCUACAUACCCAAGAUUUCUUGUUUCUAUAAUUUCUUUAUUAUUUUUAUAAUUACACAAUUUCUGAAAUUACUAGUUUUAUCUUAUUAGAUAAAGAAAAGUCAAUCAUCUUAAACGAGUUUUACUGUACUUAGAUUUAAUGACAUACAAUAUUUAUAUACUAUACUUUUUUUAAUUUAAUUAACUUUUUUGCUUGCAUUUAAUUUUACUUUUUUUAUGAAAUUUACAUUUCUACUUUAUAUGUGUUAAUCAAUUUAGUAGUAAGACUUUAUUAGUAUUGUUUACCUAGUUCCAGUAAAUUGUCACUAGCAUGUGUAUCUCAAUAGUCUAUAGUCUAUACCAGUGGUUUUCAAACUUAUAUUAUACACGGCACACCGUAAACUUAAAAAAAAUUUCACGGCACACUGACCUUUUUUUAGAUGAACAAAAUUGUUUUAAAUUAAUUAUUAGUUUAUUUUCAUAUAUUACAGUUCAAUGCAAUCGGUAAUUUAUGAAAAAACCUUGGCACACUGAUGUUGAAAACCACUGGUCUUUACAAUCAUCACUCUUAUUCAAAUGAUAUUGAAAUGGUAACUCGUUUGAUCCUAAAGAUCAUCAGAUUAUACUAAAGCAAUAGUUGAUUUAUUCUUUCACAUCAUCCAAUUAACACAAUAUUAUUUUUGAGUGUAAAAAAUGAUUUGAAAAUAACCACAUUUUUAGUUCUGUAUAUUUUUUCAGUUGAUAUUUCUGUCUUAGAAUAUUAAUAUUUAAAAUUAUGUUAUUAAUUUUGUUACAAUAUAUGCAUCACCAUUAAACAGGUUGAUUGAAAGAGUAGAAUAAAAACAUUUAUUAAUUUAACAGUUAGUAAAAUGUAAUGUACCUUGCAAGUUGUAACUAAUACUAAUUAUCAAUAGCUUACUAAUGUUUUAUUAAAUAUUUUAGUGAUACAACUAGUUUAUACUUUAAUACAAUUUAGAAUUAAUAUUUAAGUUAUUUGUCAAUCAAUAUUAUGUGAGAACUGUUUUACUACUUUAUGAUCGAUACAUUUUUAAUUAUCUAUUUAAGAAAAAAUAUAUGAGCCAGGGACUAAGAUUUUUUACUUGGUGAUUUUAAUGACCUUCUAUUUUUAUUUAAAAUUAAAAGAAUUUUUUCUUUAGAAAAUUAUUCAUAAUAUGAAUGACUUUCCUGACAGAAUUUGUUAUAAAACGCAAAUAUGUAAAUCUAACUAAUUGUUGAACCAUUGAGGUUUAAAAUUUAACAAUUCUUUACAUAUGUUAAUUUCAAAUAUAAUAUAAUUAAUAUAUAUCAUAAUUAUAAUAAUACAAAAAAAAUAGAUUAACUAUAUUUAAAAGAAUAUCUAUAUAAACAUAAUUAAAUUAAAUUAUAAUGUGGACUGUUCAUCACAUGAGUUGACAAUGAAACACGGCUUAGUAUUAGAAUGUAUUACUUAUAGAUAUUUGAAAAUGAAUUAUAUAUAUUAAAUUGUAAAAAUAAGAUAAAAUAGCAAUUAUUAUACUCUGAGUAACUUAAGAAUAUAGGUUAUGACAUGAGCAUG